AUGGAAGCUCUCACACAUAAAAUGCCUUCAGUAGAAAUACCUUCCUUUGUCAAAGCUAACCUCAAGCACUUGGUUCUAGCUGACAGUGACUUUGAUAAACCCGGUGACAUUGAUCUUUUGUUAGGCGCAGAUAUUUUCCAUAGCAUUUAUAAUGGUCAACGACUUGAAGUAGGCCCGGGUCUACCGGUAGCCCUACAUAGUGUAUUCGGCUGGGUUAUCACGGGCAGGCUCGACGUUGAGUGUUCGCCUCCAGCUGAAACGUCAACACUUUUGGCUUCCACAGCUGCCUUAGACAAUGUGGUCAAGCGAUUCUGGGAAGUAGAAGAGCCGCCUAAGCAAACGAUUGUCAACCCGGAAAAUGAAAAAUGUGAACAGAUGUACACAGACCUUGUUCGACGCAACGAAGAUGGAAGAUAUGUAGUACCUAUGCUACUAAAGGAAGAACAUGAGCAGUUAGGAGACUCUCAUCGCACGGCCUUAUCCAGACUUCAUAAUUUGGAGAAACGGUUCCUUCAUCACGAAGACCUGAAUCACGAUUAUGGAGAAUAUGAACGUGAACAUGAAGUUAAGACUGUGACCUUCGGCGUGAGCAGUUCACCAUUUUUAGCCAUCCGUACGCUACACCAGCUAGCAAACGAUCACGGUGCAUCAUGGCCUGAAGCUGCUUCCAUUCUGCGUCAUGACACGUUCAUGGAUGACGUCACCGCUGGCGCUCCUUCAGUUGAAGCUGCCUUAAAUCUGAAAGACGGAAUUAUUAAUUUGCUGAAUAGGGUAGUGUCCAGGGUCGAAAUAAUGAAAUAA